AUGAUAUUAAUCUUAUUAUUGUUAAGAGAGGAAGAAAUGCUUAGAGCUAAUGAAUCAAAACAAAAUAUUCGAGUGAAAAGAGCUGAUUGUUACAAAUACAAAAUUGAGACAGAACGAUGUAAACAUCCAAGCUGUUCAGACUGUCCAUUAACCUCCGCAACUAUAUACCCUCCAGGGUGGGCUGAAUGUUGUUAUUAUGAUGGAUGA